AUGACAGCACUGCCCCAAGGUGCCUUGUAUCUGCCCGCAAACAACUCCUAUAAUAAAAAAGGCUGGUGUAAGGAGAUAGCAUUCGUGUGCACCAGGCUCGUCACCAGCCCCAGUCUCCAGGCAUCGCUUCAGUUCUCUCGCUUCUCAGUCUGGGAUGAGCCUAGUGCUGGCUUCUUCAUUGUCAUAGCAGAUUUGACGAAGGAAGACAGUGGACCCUGCUGGUGUAAAACCUACCACACAUCCAGCAGCUCAGUCUCUAAGUCCCUCAGAUUCUAUCUGGCAGGUGGGACCGCGUCACACAGAGCCCCUCGCAGGGCCCAUAGACAGAGGCUGCCGUGCAGCCCACCCUCUCCCCUUCUCCCUCUGCCCUGCAGGCCACGGAACUCCACCCUCCACUCUGGCCCUGCCACCCCUGCUGCCCUGGUUCCUGGGUUCUGUGGACUCCUCACGGCCAAGAGCCUGGUGCUGGCCCUGUUGUUCUGGCUUCAAGGACACAACGAAGCAGCACAGAAGGUGACUUUUGACACCCUGGCCUCGGCCCAGGCCCCGGGGCCCACGGUCACUUCCCACAGGGCCAGAGGAAUGGAAAAUCCUGAUGGAACCAGGAGUCCGGACACCAGUAAAGCCCCCUGCUACUUAAGACAGGCCAGUGACUUUCUUUGGACCUCAGUUUUCUCCCCUGUAGAUAUAAGUAGCCAUCACACUGCUGUGUAG